AAGCUUGUUAAAACUAAACAAAACUCAUUCACUUAGACUCUGAAAACAAAUUCUGAUAGAAACAACACACUUGAUGGACAUGUGAAAACAUCGAUAAAAAUCCACUUCGCGUCCGAUCGUUGCAAAAUCUGACCAAGAACAUGGUGUUUGCCGAGCUCUGGAAAAAAAUCCGGAACCGCGGCACGCCGCCCAAAUUCGAAUUACCAACCACGCACAACUGUCUGAAAAAAGUGCUGCUCCUGUCCCAAAUCGUGGGCGUAUUUCCCCUAAACCACCUGAACGAAGAACCGGAAAAACUCCACUUCACUUUCAAAUCCUGGAAAGUGUUGUACACAAGCCUCACGUCCUUCGGGUACCUCUUCUGUGCGUCGCUUUCAUUUUACAAAGCUUUCAAAAUUGGGAUUUUGCUGAACCAGCUGAGUAAGUGCAAAAAUAAAUCCAAGCAUAAACCAAGCUGUGUUUCAGUCACUCCGCUCUUUUUCUUUCAUUCGUUCAUGACUUCGGUGUUAUUCAGCCAAGUGGCGUCCCGAUGGCCCCUCUUUCUAAAUGAGUGGACAAAAAUCGAGAUCAACUUACUCAAGCAUUACCAAUCAACGACAGAUUUGCAUAAAAAAAUUCGUUACUCGGCGUUCGGAAUGAUUUUUGUCGCUUUGCUCGAGCACUGCUUCUCGAUGCUUAAUUACGUGUAUUCGUCCAAGUGUGAAAAUAAUUCAACGGGUGUAGAGCACUUUUUCAAAAAGCAGUUUCACUACAUCUUCACUUACAUGCCUUACAAUAUCGUGUUUGGAUUAUGCCUAACGUUCGUGAGCUGGACUGCGGCUUUUGUAUGGAAUUUCGGAGAUAUUUUCAUUAUUUUACUGAGUAUGAUAAUGACGGAACGGUUUCGACAAAUCAACCAACAAAUUCAAAAGAAAGCGGAGGAACUUAUUUCAACUCCUAGCCCAAACACGAAGAAUUUUAUUAAAGUAUAUCACUCGGAUUUUUCUAAAGCUGAUUACCAGUUCUGGCGACAAAUUCGCGAAGAUUACGACCAUCUGACCAACAUCGUACGUUAUCUAGACCAAAUUUUAUCCAAUUUAGUUUUGCUGUCGUAUUCUUGUAAUCUAACAUUUAUUCUGAUACAAUUAUUCAACAGUUUGCGGCAAAUGAAAUCGGCCGGUGAAAGCAUUUACUUCUUCUACUCUUUCGGUUUUGUAAUAAUGAGGAUCGUUUUUGUUUCGAUUUUUGGCGCAUUUAUUAACGAAGAAAGCCAAGCUGCUUUAUCCUAUCUUACGUCCCUUCCAACAGAGCAUUACAACGAAGAGAUUCAGCGAUUAGUUACACAAACACAUAUCGAUUCAGCUGCAUUGACCGGCCACAAUUUUUUUCGCCUUACUAAAGGCCUGGUCUUAAGUGUGGCAGCGGCUAUUAUAACUUACGAAUUGGUGUUGAUCCAGUUCAACCAAGCUACGCUCAAUAAGUACAUGCAAGCUAACGAAACAAUCUGCUUUUAAAAUACUCCUUUAAUGUAAAUUUCACCCAAAUAAAACCAUAAGUAGCAUAAUGAA